AGACGGAACCCUUUUCAUAUGUUUUGAAAUUUUUAGUUUGUAAAUUUUCUCGUUUCUCCGCGUAUCGCAAAACGUUCUCUGGCGUGUUCGAGUUGGUGUUCAAAGAAAAGUUUAAGCUAGUUUAAUAAUUAGGUAUUAUUAUAUUCUUGUCCCGUGAUUAAUUCCAAUCUCAAGUAUUACUUUCAUCGAUUACAUUUGGGUAUAAGUAAAUUUUAUGGAUUCGCCCUACUUUUCUUAUGUUCAUUCUACAUCGUAUCUCCGAAGCUAGUUCUAUCACGUCACGCGUAGGUACAUUUUCCAAAAUCAUGAAGAAAGCAUCCUCUUCGAAAGCGGACGGACCCGCCGAGAAGAAAGCCAAAGUCGAAGGCGGACCAAUCAAGGUGGAUGACUUUGUGGAGAAAUUCAAAACCACCCGGAAGGAAACGGCCAAGUCCAUCUUGGAUUUCGAUUUCAAGAAGAAACGCGUACGCAUCCUCUCCGACGCCAAGGAGGUGGACGAGAACAAAAAGGGCGUCGUUUACUGGAUGUCCCGCGAUGCCCGAGUGCAGGACAAUUGGGCGUUUUUGUUCGCCCAGAAGCUGGCGCUGAAGAACGAACUCCCGUUGCACGUUUGCUUCAGCCUGGUGCCGAAGUUUCUCGAUGCUACUAUCAGGCACUACAAGUUCAUGCUGAAAGGACUUGAGGAAGUCGCAAAGGAAUGUGAAUCUCUAAACAUCAAUUUCCACAUGUUGACCGGUCUGGCCAAGGAUACCAUUCCGAAGUUCGUCAAAACGCACGACAUUGGAGCCGUUGUGUGUGACUUCAGCCCACUUCGGGUUCCCAUGAAAUGGGUGGAAGACGUUCACAAAUCACUGCCAGCCGAAGUGCCUCUCUGCCAAGUGGAUGCGCACAAUAUCGUUCCGCUGUGGGUAACGUCGGAAAAGCAAGAGUAUGCAGCACGAACCAUCCGAAACAAGGUGAAUGGUAAUCUCGGUACAUAUCUGACCCAGUUCCCACCGGUCAUCAAGCAUCCCCACAAGGCAUCGUUCAAAGCUAACCCGAUCGACUGGGUCAAGCUGUUGGAUACGAUCGAGGUGGACCGAAGCGUCGAUGAAGUUGAUUGGGCCACGCCAGGGUACACCGGAGGAGUUGGUAUGUUGCAAAGCUUCGUCGAAAAACGCUUGAGAAAGUUCAAUGCCAAACGAAACGAUCCGACUGAUGAUGCUCUAUCGAAUCUCUCGCCUUGGUUCCACUUUGGCCAAAUUUCCGUCCAGCGAUGCAUCUUGGCCGUGAAGAAGUACGGAAAAGGAUUCUCUGAAGGCGUGGCAGCUUUCUGUGAAGAAUCUAUCGUUCGUAGAGAGCUGUCCGAUAAUUUCUGCUAUUACAACAAAAAUUACGACAAUUUGAAAGGAGCGUACGACUGGGCUCAGAAAACGUUGAACGACCAUCGCAAGGAUAAGCGGACCUAUGUCUACAGCAGGGAACAGCUGGAGCAAGCUCGAACCCAUGACGAUCUAUGGAACUCGGCGCAGAUCCAAAUGGUCAAAGAAGGCAAAAUGCACGGUUUCCUUCGCAUGUACUGGGCGAAGAAGAUUCUCGAGUGGACUAAAACUCCGGAGGAAGCCCUGGAGACGGCGAUUUACCUCAACGAUCGCUACCAGCUGGACGGCCGAGACCCAAAUGGAUACGUUGGCUGCAUGUGGUCCAUUGCGGGCAUCCAUGACCAGGGCUGGCGGGAGCGGGAAGUGUUCGGAAAGAUUCGCUACAUGAACUAUGAAGGAUGCAAGCGGAAGUUCGACGUUGCCGCCUUUGUGGCGCGGUAUGGCGGUAAAGUUUACAAAAAGUAAACCACAAAACGCGCAUUUAUCAAAAGGGGUUCGCUGCAAGCGGUAAGUACUUUUUUAUUCGGUAUUAUUUUUUGUUCCUUAUUCACACUACCUCGAAAUGAGAUUGUCGAGAUGACAAGAGUACAACAAUGUAAAAGAUGCA